AUGCAGCCUCGGACGAAGAAGGGACCCUCAUGGGCAGACAAUCCCACGCCGCAGUUGUCCACAGAGAUAUCAUGCAAGAAGGGCGAAGAGGCUGAAAAGCCCCGGGAUCAUGAAGAGCUCGUAAAUGCAGAGUCGCCAGACGGUCUGUCAGAUAUGGAAUGGUUGAAACGAAGGAUGAAGCAAGACGUCGAGGAUGCGGGCGCUGCCAGCGGCAAAGUUUUCGAGCAGUCAGAUGACGAAGAGCAGGAUGUGGAUGCAACGGACGUGCAGACGGAGGUGAAAGAUUUGGCGAAGGAGACAAUCCUUCAGACCGCACGCCUCUUCGUUCGAAAUCUAGCUUUUUCUUGUACUGAAGCAGAGCUUCGUGAUCUGUUUCAGCCGUUCGGGGAGGUAUCGCAGGUUCAUAUUCCUAUAGAUAUCACGACGAAGAACCCUAAAGGUCUUGCCUAUGUCACUUUUUCAAGUGCUACCGCAGCCCUAGCAGCAUACAAAGCGCUUGACAAGAAAUCCUUUCAGGGACGUUUGCUUCAUAUCAUGGGAGCGGUCGACCGAAGGGGUAACGUGACAGUUGAAGAAGGCGAGAGAAAGAAAAAAUCAGUGAAGGAUGCUCAGAACGAUAAGCGUAAGACGAUGGCCGGGAAAGAAUUUAAUUGGAGCAUGUUGUAUAUGAAUAGCGAUGCUGUGUUAUCGUCCGUGGCCGACCGAUUGAACAUAUCCAAAGCCGAUGUCCUUGACCCCGAAUCAUCCAAUGCUGCUGUCAAACUCGCACUCGCAGAAACGCACGUCAUACAAGACACAAAGACGUAUCUUGAGUCUCAGGGUGUCAUCAUGUCUGCGUUCUCCUCACGUCGUCGGUCUGAUACAACUAUACUCGUGAAGAACAUUCCUUAUGGCACAACUGCAGAACAGAUCCGAGAAUUGUUCGAAGCCCAUGGGGAGUUGAGCCGUGUCCUUGUUCCACCUGCGGGGACGAUGGCCGUUGUUGAGUUUAUCCACCCCGAUGAAGCCAGCAAAGCAUUCCGUGCCGUCGCCUACCGGCGACUGGGCAACUCUGUCAUCUAUCUCGAGAAGGGGCCCUUGGGUAUAUUCGAGGCUCCAGCUGAAGGCGCCCGUGAUCAGCAAAAUGGUCCUCUCACAGCCGAUGGCGUCAAGCCCGUCACGAUCGAUAGCGAAAGUGGAGCUCAAGACGAUGUACCACCUGUUUCCGAGGGCACGACGCUCUUUGUCAAGAACUUGUCCUUUGCUACGACGUCGGAACGAUUCACACAAGUCUUUCGACACCUUCCAUCUUUUGCAUUUGCUCGUGUGCAAACGAAGUCGGAUUCAAAACGCCCGUCAGCGAAGCUCAGCAUGGGUUACGGCUUUGUUGGGUUCAAGACUGCUGAUGCUGCGAAGAGGGCGAUCAAGGGUAUGGAUGGCUAUGUGCUGGAUGGGCACGCAUUAAGCGUCAAGUUUGCCGGCAGAGGCACAGAGGAGGACAGCGAGGGAAAAGGCAAGAAGAAGGGUACGACGACGAAGAUGCUCGUGAAGAAUGUGCCAUUCGAGGCCACAAAGAAGGAGAUUCGGGAGCUGUUUGGAUCUCAUGGACAGCUUAAAUCUGUGCGCCUGCCCAAGCGAUUCGACCAGCGGACGCGGGGCUUUGCUUUCUUGGAGUUUGUCACACGUCAUGAGGCGGAGAAUGCUUACAACGCGCUCAAGCAUACGCAUCUGCUAGGUAGGCAUCUGGUCCUAGAGUGGGCGGAGGAGGGCGAGCAGGAUAUCGAGGAGUUGCGGAAGAAAGCUGGGGUUGGGUAUGGCGACGGUAAAGAAUUACCAGGAAAAAAGAGGAAGUUGGCCAUGGAUGAGGACGGGGAUGACGGAGAAGAGGAAGUAUAGUGCUCGGGUUACGAUCCCGGCUUCGGCUACGACAGAUGUUCGCGUCGUCAAUAUAGAGGAUGUGAUAUGCAUGAGUACGGAGGAGACUAUCUUGAUACAAGUGAACACUGUACUAUCUCAACUC